CGGCCAGUCGUUUGACGCCUGCCGCGCGAGCGGGUGUCGCCACGAGAGCGAGUGACGAGCGAGCCGCCGGCCGGUUAUGGACGUUGCAUGAGCGGCCGCGACCGCUGGAGCCGACGGGACCGCUGGAGCGCGCGCCGUGGGUCCCGGGCGGCGCGGGCAUGCGCUUCGAGGGCACUGAGCGGCGCGACGCCGUCGCGUUCCACCCGCUGCUGGUGCCGCGACCGAGCGAUUUCUCGGUAUCGGCGCUGCUGACGGCCGGCGCGCUGCCGCCGCCGCCGUAUCUGCCGGCAGCCCUGGCCGCCGCCGCCGCGCUGUCCGCGCCCUGCCCGCUGCUGAAACCGCCGCCUCCGCAUUACGCGCCUCUGCCACCGGACGACGACGGCGUCGUCGACGACCCGAAGGUGACGCUCGAGGGCAAGGACCUCUGGGAGAAGUUCCACAAGCUGGGCACCGAGAUGGUGAUCACCAAGAGUGGCAGACAAAUGUUCCCUCAAAUGAAGUUCCGCGUAUCCGGAUUGGACGCAAAGGCCAAAUACAUCCUCCUGUUGGACAUCGUCGCCGCUGACGACUACAGAUAUAAGUUCCACAACAGACGUAUGUUUCCUGCCUACAAAGUUCGCGUUUCUGGUCUUGAUAAAAAAGCAAAGUACAUUUUGCUAAUGGACAUCGUAGCUGCCGACGAUUGCAGAUACAAAUUCCACAACAGCCGAUGGAUGGUCGCCGGCAAGGCGGACCCCGAGAUGCCGAAGAGGAUGUACAUCCACCCGGACUCGCCGUCGACGGGAGAGCAAUGGAUGCAGAAGGUGGUCUCCUUCCACAAGCUGAAGCUGACCAACAACAUUAGUGACAAACACGGAUUCGAGCUCAUCUAUAACCAAAGUCAACGGAUGUUGUCCAAACUGCUGUGGCCCAACCCGGCCCCUAGUGCGCCCAGAGACCCCCACUCAGAUCAUUUGUGUGUCACGCAGACGAUCCUGAACUCGAUGCACAAGUACCAGCCGCGGUUCCACCUGGUGCGAGCCAACGACAUCCUGAAGCUGCCCUACUCCACGUUCAGGACGUACGUGUUCAAGGAGACGGAGUUCAUCGCGGUCACCGCCUACCAGAAUGAGAAGAUAACGCAGCUGAAGAUCGACAACAACCCUUUCGCGAAAGGAUUCAGAGACACCGGCGCGGGAAAGAGAGAGAAAAAUCUGUCCGUGUACCGCAGGCAGGCGCUGCUGACGGCGCGCUCGGAGCCCCGAGACGAGGACGACGAGCGGCCUCUGGACGUCGGCGGCCCCUCGAGUCCGCCGGCCCCGUCCAGCACACACCACACCAGCACAUCCUGGUUCAGUUCUACCGCGGGCGACUCCGGCGCCGAAGAAGUCAACGAGGCCGGCUCGGACUCGUCCUGUUCGGGCGGUGCGCGCGCCUCCUCCCCUCCCGCGGGCCCCUCCCGGCCGUCGCCCGCGCCCGACGUGUCUCUCGGCCCCCCUGUGCAGCCCCCGUUACUCCCCUACCUGUACCCGCCGUCGCUGUACCCGCCGCCGUUCUUCCCGACGCAUCAGAUGCCGCCGGGUCUGCUGUUUAACCUGCAUCCGCUGUUGCAGCAGUACUCGCUGCCACCUCCGCCUGCAUUGCCUGCGCCUCCGAUAGGGAAAACGCACAGGUUCGCACCUUACGCUCUACCCGGCUUGGGCUCCGCGUUCGAGCAAGUCGCCCCGCGAGCCCGGAGUCUGAGCUCGUCGCCGGCGAGGCCGCGAGUCGGGUCGCCCCCCGCGCGAGCGGCCUCCGCCGAUCCCCCUCCGGACGCCCCCACGGCCACCGCCACGGGCACCCCGCCGUCGGACCUGAAGAGCAUCGAACGGAUGGUCAACGGCUUGGACGUGGAGACGCAGGACUGACUCGGAAGAGCGUUGUAAAUACCGUGUAUUUAUAUCGAUGUAGCUACGCCUGGUGCAUUAUUCGUGUCUUCGAUGAUAGCAUU